CCAUCAAGUGGGCUUCCAAAAGUCUGUCUAGCCAGCCCUGCUCGUUACCCUUCUCAGUUUUCAAGUAUUUUAUUGAGUGAACGUUGCGUGGAUUUGUUGACUUGAAGACUUUUCGAGCUCGACGCUGGGGAACUGGCAACUGGCAACUGGUGAUCCGAUCCUGGCCAAGAAGAAGCUGGUGAAUCACGAUGAACCGUCACGAGGGCAUCGUGUGCAAGGGAUGCGCCAAGGAGUCCUUCCCGGGCAGAUGCUAUCGCUGCCUGACCUGCCGCCAGUUUGACAUUUGUGAGGAUUGCUACAACAAUGACUUCACCACCGGCGAGCAUCCGUUCGACCAUCCGGUGAUGUGCAUCUUCACGGCGGCGGAUGUGGAACUGUACUUUGCUGGCGAGUACAUCAGCAGCGAUCCGCCGCAGAGCUAUCGCUGUCCGUACUGCAAGAGCUGGGGCCUAAACGAGUCCACCUUCCUGGAGCACGUUUCCUCCAUGCAUCCGAAUGCCAAUCCGCUGCUGGUCUCCACCAUGGUCACCCUCUUCGAGCAGCAGCAGGCGGCGCGCCUCUUCCUGGAGGACGAGCAGUUGGCCUCGAUAGUCGCGACUGCCACAUCGCGCAACGAUCAGAUGCGACGCACGGUGGGCUCCCUGGAGCUCUACCUAGUGCCCCUCAAUCGGGAUGGCAGCUACCAGAAACCAAGUGGCAAGGAGGUAGCUACUCCGGCCUCCAAGAGCCGUGAGAUGUCGACAAGGGAACGGAUCUUGCGCGUGACACGCCGAAAUGGUGGUCGGGUCCUGGCGCCUUCAAGAUUCCCUCCAGCCCCAGCAUCAGCAAACAGCUCUACCCCUGAGAUACCAACGGAUAUCGAAGACGAUAUGAUCGCCAUUGCGACCAAUCCUCGCCUGAAUUGGAUACAACGCAAUGUGGCGGCGGCCUUUGCCCUUUCGGAGGCCGGAUCCAGCUCCAACUAUGAUCUUCCGACCACAAUGGCAGCCCCUGCCCAGCAGCAGCAUGCUGCCCCAAGCCUAGAAGUUGCAGCAGCAGCAGCUGCAACUGCAUUUGCAGCUGCACCCGUUGCCGCACAUCCAUCCAUAAACGAGAUAAUGCGUUUCUAUCGCGGCACUGGCCUUCAAUUGUCGCCGGAGCAGGCUCCCGCCCGAGGCAGCCGCUCCAGGCCCGCGAACCCAGCUCCUCCAGUGGCCAGCAGUGGCAGCAAUAGCCGGAUUAUAAGCGUUUAUGGACCCACUGCAGCUUUGGCACAGGGACCAAACAAUUCUCGAUCUCUUUUCAUGCCCCCGGAAUUCUUUCCGCGUGACGAGCGGCGUCGGUCGGCCAGGUUGCCCACCUUUCCGGGCAAUACCGGAGGACUCCAGCGACUGGGAGCCAAUGUCCGUGCCUUGACCGCUCGCAACGUGGACUUCACUGAUCUGCCACCGGAGGAGAACGAUAUGGCCGACUACGAGACCCUCUUGCGCUGCCUGAAGGAGGAGCCGGCCAAGGUGGUCAAGCAGAGGGAGCAGGAGCGCAAACGCUAUCUAUGCUAUCGCUUCCUAACGCCCAGGAAUUCCAAGCGUCACCACGACCACUUCCUGGUGCUGCGUGCCGAAUUUGUAUCCCAACUGCUGUGCUCCACCCUAUUCGAGGAGGAUUUCCAGGGAGUCUCCUUUGCGGCCAUGAGAAGCAUCACCCCGAAACGAAAGAUUCUUUCGGGCAGCGAAAUCGCCGGCGCCGGCGAUGCUGAGAAGAACCCUCCUCGUCCUCCUCCCCCAUGAAUUAUCAAAUCAGUUUUCUGUACGAUUUGUACCAUUUUGUAUUGGUUAAAUUUUCUGUUUAUAUCGAGAUAACUUUGGUAACUGUGGCUCUAGGCGCCAGUAAAUUUAUGGCAUUUUUGGAUUAUCUUUAA